GUGUCCAGGUGUGCUGGUCCGCUCGUCUUCCUGUUGGAGCCCUGCAGCAGGAAUGUGACGGGAAUCUCCAACCACUUUAGACAGACUUCCUGCUGAUUUCCUGCCGACUUCCUGCUGACUUCCUGCUUCCCACCAAGCCUCAGGCAGACGGACAGCCAUGGGCGUCCUCUGGCUCGUCCUCCUGUCCUGCCUCCCGUCCUGCCUCCCCGACAUGCUGUGUCCGAAGCGCUGCACCUGCCAGAACCUGCUGCCGUCCUACACGGUGCUGUGCGCCAAGACGGGCCUGCUCUUCGUCCCGCCAAACAUCGACCGGCAGACGGCCGAGCUGCGGCUGAUGGACAACUUCAUCACCACGCUGAGACACCGAGACUUCGCCAACAUGACCAGCCUGGUGAGUCCUGGUGCUGAACUUAUUACGCCGUUGAUUUGGUGUCCGGCUUCAGGAGCCACUCAGACAUCAGGCAUGUCCACCUGCAGGUGGCGCUAUGCUGUGUCGAGUUCCCCUGAUUACCUCCUGUGUCUUUUAAGUCCACCUGUUGUCCUCGUCUCUUGCCGUCUGACAGCCGUCCCAGUCGAGCUGUCUAGUCCUGAGUCGCGCCGAGCGCAGCUGCUGCAGGGCAGCAUCAGGACGAGCUUCAGUAUGUCCCUGUCCUGUCCCCCGCAGGACUUCCUGGAGACGCUGGAGGACCUGGACCUGAGCUACAACAACCUGGUGGACAUCCCGUGGGACACGGUGUCCCUGCUGGUGAGCGUCAACACGCUGAGCCUGGACCACAACCUGAUCGAGAGCGUCCCCGAGGGAAUCUUCUCCAACCUGCACAAACUGGCCAGUUAUUUCCUAAUUGGUGGAAACAAAGUCGACGUGGCAUUUGGCCACUUCCUGUCGGCCGCCGCGGCGUCUGGCCACUUCCUGUCGGCCGCCGCGGCGUCUGGCCACUUCCUGUCUGACCAGUGUCUCCCAGCAGACUGCAUUAACAUUCCUGCACCACCACAGCAGAGCUGCGUCCUGAUUGGCUGGAGGCCUCAGCCCCUGCGGGGCUCGGACCGGAUCCACUGCAGUCCGGUGCGGCGCCGUGUAGUGAGGCUCUCUCUCUCCGUGCUGCAGGAGGAGUUCGUCUGCGAGCCGCCCAUGAUAACGCGCCACACCUCCAAGAUGUUUGUGAUGGAAGGUCAGGAGGUCAGCCUGCGCUGUAAGUCCAUCGGGGACCCGGAGCCGUCCACGCACUGGGUCAGCCCGGACGGGAAGCUGAUCGGGAACACGUCCAGAACCGUCUGCUACGAGAACGGGUCGCUGGACAUCCUGAAGGCGUCCGUCAAGGAUUCUGGGAAGUUUAUGUGCAUCGCGUCCAACGCAGCGGGCGAAGCCACCGCCCCCGUUGAGCUGGUCGUCAACGCCUCCCCACACUUUGGGCCCAAACUGGAGCCGGACCCGGGCCCCUCAGACAUCCCCACAUCCAUCAAAUCCAACGUGAGCGGGGGCCAGGCCCGGGCCGACCCGCAGCGGGUCAGCGUGUCGGACCUGACCUCCAGCUCCGCCCUGAUCCGCUGGCCGCCACAGAACCACAUCCCAGGGGUCCGCAUGUACCAGGUCCAGUACAACAGCUCCACCGAUGACAUCCUGAUCUACAGGAUGAUCCCGGCCAAUCACAAGUACUUCCUGCUGAGCGACCUGGCGGCGGCGCGGGACUACGAGCUUUGCGUCCUGGCGGUCUACGACGACGGCGUCACCGCGCUGACCGGAACCAAGAUGGUGGGCUGCGUCUCCUUCACCACCGACUCCGAGUACGGCCGCUGCCACUCCAUCCGGGACCAGUUCCUGGGCGGCACCAUGAUCAUCAUCAUCGGCGGGAUCAUUGUGGCGUCGGUGCUCGUCUUCAUCUUCAUCCUGCUGAUGAAGUACAAGCUCCAUAGCAACCACUACAAGCAGAAAGCCGCGGCGCGUCACGCCAACGUCUGCUCCCAGACCAACGGAGGCGGAGGGGGCGGAGCCAGCGGCGUCCUGGCGCUGCCUCCCUCCGCCGCGGGGGGUGCAGGCGCUAAUAAAAGCUGCACGCCGGCGGCAGAGGCAGGAGCUUCUCUCAGAGGGACGACCGUGGUGGACCUGAACCCGAGUCUCGACGAGGACGCCGCGUCCCAAUAACAGGAAGCCGGACGCUCCGCGCCGACGCCCCUUCCUGUUUGUCUCACUGCGUUUCUUUUUCUGCUCCGUCCCGGAGUCAAACUGGACUUCCUGUGAGGAGCAGCGGCGCUCAGCGAUUUUUUUCACACUCAGACGAGGAAGAGGUGUUCUGGCCUGGAAUCGCCUCCGGUCCAGAUCUGGCCCGGAUCUCAGCCUGCUGAUGUUCUGGACCCAGUGAGGUUCUGGUUCCGGGUCGGUCCAACCAGGAGGUUCUGGUGCCGCUGCUCCUCCUAUAUGGUCACAUGCCAAAGGAUCACUGGGAGCAGCGCCUCCUGCUGGACGCCUGAGAAACAAGCGAUGGGAGGACGACCUCUGACCUCCGGACGUUUCUUCAUCCCUCCUCUGUCUUGGGGACAAAUGGACACUCUGGACGCUGUGGGACAUAAACCUGAGGAGCGCCUCGGGGAUUUAAAGAUGGCCGCCGUUGUCCCCUCCCUCCCCUGUUGCUGUCUGUGUUUGUGUGACAUCCAACCGGCUUCAGCGGUUUGAUUUACUUUAACCAUAACGAAACAAACGACACGGAGAAAAAAACACUGCAACACGUGAAACGGGAACUUUAAGCUUUCAUAGACACAAAUAUGUGGAUUUAUAAUGAAAUAAAAAGUAUUUUUCUUGGAAAA